AUGCUUCUAAUAACCGAGGAGUUGCGCAGCAAGAAAAGAGGAGCUGCUUUUGGAAUUACAAGUGAUUUAGCUUCUCCUAAUGGAAGUGCAAUGGGUCUCGCUGGUGUCGGGCCUGCGACUGGCCCUUUGCUAAGUUCCAUCCCAGCGGCAUGCAACUACUCGACCCAACUGACUGGACUAGCCUCCUUAACCAUCGCCUCGCCAACAAACCCAGCUCCCGAUAUCCCAAACCUUUUGGUCUCAGGGUCAGGAGGGGAGACCGCUACUACUAGCCCUUACUUCUUCGCUACCUCAUCAUUCUCUGGGUCCUCUGGAAUAGGAAUUACUACGCCUUCAGGCAGUCUAGGCUCUGCUUGUUCUGGUUUAGGUGUUGGCGAAUCAGGAAAUGUUGGUGGUUCCGUCGCUGCUCCAACAACAAUACCUUCAUCAUUGGGCUUAGCUGGUCACAGUACGACUGUGCCGACUGCACUUUCCUGUUCGCCUGCCCCCCUUAAUGCGCAGUUUGCCCUGAUGGAUGUGCCUACCGAUGCAUUCACACAAUCCACCUACCACUUCAAGGUGGCCAUCAAUGUGAACAAAAUGAAAUUUUUGGUGAGGUGA